AAACAACGGGCUCGGCCCGGUUACUGUAUUGGGCCGAUUUUGUUCAGGGUACAAUGUAUGGAUAGUCCCUGCCUUAUCCCGUAAUAGCAAUCCACUCCCUGCUAUUUGCAGUUAAAUAAUUUAGGUUUUUUUUUUUUCCAUUCGUAUUUAACUGCAUUUUAGUCCCGAACAAUUCGUAUAAAAUAUGAAUUUAAAUAUAAAAUAGUAAUUUUAAUCCUAAAGAGACUGAAAAGUAAAAUAUAAAAAUUAUUUUACAAAUUGAUAGACAAAAGAAAAUUGAAAAUUGCUCUUUAUUUUGAUGGAUCUUUAGGUCCCUCAUGUUGGAUGAACCACUUCACAUUUUAACCCCACUUUCAAUUUUUGCAAGGAAAUUUCUUUUAUCUGAUAAAACAUAAAUAGAGGGUCCAGAUAAUAAUCCAUGUGAAAAAAAAAUUUACAAAUCGAUCAAAUGAAAACAAGCCAUGAAAAGAGCUUCGAUAGUAAAUAAAUUAGUAGUAGUAGUAGUAAGAGCCCACAAAUGAAGUAAGAUACAAAAUCGAACUAAUUAAAUCAUUAAUCAUGCAUGCCUUAAUAAUCACACCUGCAUAUCCAACCAUAUACAAAAUAAAUAAAUAAAUAAUAAAUUAAUUAAAUAUAAUGAAAAUGUCCACAUUUUUUUGUUUCUUCAUUUGAUCAUGCACGCAUUUAUAAAUUGUAACUCCACAUGGCAAAAUUUUCAAUUGUGGAAGUCAAAAAGAAAAAUGCUAAAAAAGGAAACAACACUAUAGAAGGUUUGCUAAUAGAUUUCUUUUGUAAGCAUACUUUCUCUAUUAAAUUCCAUAUAAACAUUAAAUCCUUUCCAACACUGUAUCUAUUUGUAUUUGUAUAUAUUAUUGUUCCUACUUUUUUUUUUUCCUAAUGUAACUUACAAAAAACAAAGGGGGAGUAUUUGGUGUUCUUUGUUCUUUUGUUUUUUCAAUUAACAUGAAGUUUCUACUCCUAUUUGCUUCAAUUUUUAUUGCGGCCUCUUCUCGCACUCUCAACGGUUCAGGAAAUGUCGUGAAGAGCAUAUUCGUUAAUCGCACUGGAAAGGGUGAUUUUAGAAGGAUCCAAGAAGCUAUUAACUCGAUCCCUGAUAAUAAUGAUCAGUGGAUUCGGAUUCACGUGGCAGCUGGAGUUUACAAAGAAAAAGUGCUAAUAACGCAGUAUAAAGGAUUUAUCUUAUUGGAGGGGGAGGGGGCACACAAAACUUUGAUAAAGUGGGGAGAUUACAACAAUGACAAGUCAAAUCAUACGACCGUUAGUAGUGCCACAUUCUCCUCGUACGCUACCAAUUUUGUGGCCAGAGAUAUCUCUUUUAAGAAUACGUACAAUGGCGGUUCGACCAUGUCGCAAGCAGUGGCGGCUCUGAUAGCAGGAGAUAGUUCUUCAUUCUAUAGGUGCAGUUUCAUCGGUAUCCAAGAUACGUUGUGCGAUGCGUGGGGGCGACAUUACUACGAGGAUUGCUACAUCGAAGGCGCAUUAGACUUCAUCUUUGGGCAGGCGCAAUCGAUGUAUCAGAGAUGCACGAUUACGACAGUGAAUGCCCCAAUAAGCCCAGCAUACGUGACGGCUCAAGGGCGGUCGAGCGACGUGGACCAGAGCGGGUUUGUGUUCAAGUCAUGCACGGUGAAUGGAACUGUAGAGACUUAUCUGGGUAGGGCAUGGAGAAACUAUGCAAGGGUCAUCUUCUAUGACACCAACAUGUCCAAUAUUGUUGCUCCUCUAGGGUGGGAUGCUUGGAACUACAAGGGUAAAGAGAAGUACAUAACAUUUGUCGAAUCGGGUUGCUCCGGACCAGGAUCAAACACUACAGGAAGGGUCAAGUGGAAGAAGACUCUGAGUUCCUCUGAGCUGAAUAAGCUCAUCGACAUGUCGUACAUCAACGGCGGCGGAUGGCUCCAAUUGCAACCGAACACAGACUCGCAGCACAAAGCUUGAGCAUUGUUGUCAUUCGCAUGAACCUGCCAUUAAUAUUUGAACUAGAAUCGCAGCAUUGGAAGGCAUUGUUGUCUACUAAGAAGCCUGCUGGGCCUCAUAACUUUAUUUACAGAUCAUGAUGUAUCUUACUUUCUCACCGCUAACUUAAUCAAAUGGCUAAAUUACAUAAAAUUUUCCUAUCAAAAUCCGAUUUUUAAUUUUUUUCUGUCAUUUAAAAACCUAUAGUUUGUCCCCUUAUAAAAUGAAAAAUAUUCACUUCGCUCCCUGCCACUAGUAAUCCGUUAGGAUUCUGUUUAUACAAUAUUAUUAUAUUUUUUUUAUGUCAAAAAUGCCCUCAGCUUUCUCUCCUGUAAACAUGAUGAGAGGCAAAAUAGUGAGAAGCAAAAUGGUCAUUUUGUCAUCAUAGUUCACACCGUAUUCCUGUUAAUAUUUUUUAUUUUACAAAAAGACAAAGUGUAGGUUUUUAAAUGACAGAGAGAAAAGUGAAAAAAUAAAUUUUGACAGAAAAAUUUUCCGUAAUUUAACCUAAUCAAAUAUGUUGGUAUCUUACCAGCUAUGCAGAGUUUUUUGAUACUUUAAGUCGCAGUGAUACACUUUACGUUAUUAUUUAGGUACGACAGGUUUUUUUUUUUUUUUUUUUCCCAGUGAUGCCAGUCACUGGCU